CCUAUCAGAGGGUGUCGCUGCAAGCCAAAAAAAACAAAACAAAACAAGGUGGGUUCAAAGUGAAAUUUAGGGAAGUUACAGGUGGGGCUGGAAGCGUCUCCUGUCAACGUAUAUUACUCUACUACACCAUAACUUAUUCAGGCGUAAACUGUCCCUUUGAGAGGCCAUGUACCCUGUAGACCUUCCUGCUGUGGAUGACACUGACCUGACAUCAGCAUCUGAACAGUACCUCUCUUCUUUGGAGUCAAAACCUCCUAAUAAUGAGUGGUUUCAAUCAUCACAGACGUCAAAGGUAGCGAUAACAGCAAACAAUGUAAGGCGGUUGCAGCUGUUUGAAGAUGACCAACCUGACUGUAUAUUGCUGGCGCUUCACCCUCCUGAUGAUCCAACACAAGUGGUGGCUUUAUACCUGCAUGAGAAGUGGUGGUGUGUGGAUGACGUCUUAAGAACAUCCAGCAAAUCCAGAAAUGGCUUGAUGUUGGUGCAGUCGAUUAUGGAGAGGGUGAUUGUGUUCCUGCUCAGUCAGGUAGUGGAGAGGUCCUCACAGGAGGAGGUGUUGUUCUCCCUGCACCCCCGCACAGAGAGCUGCAAACUGCUGUGGAGAGACAGCCAGGCGGUCGGCUUCUACACCAUCAAACACAAAGGCAGCCUGUGUGACAGCUGGAGCACUCGCUGCUACCAGUUGCCUGUUCUGGACACAGUGCUGGUGAGGAGGAGCUGGAGGAGGAGAGGCUUUGGCCUUCAGAUGCUGAAGGAUUUGUGCUCCUCGUUCUCCACAGAGGGGUUUCUAGGAGUCAGCUCUCCACUAUCACCCAGCAUGGUGGCAGUGUGCAGGAGGUUCCUGCAGCAGCAAGAGGAACAUCGGGAGCGUCUGUAUGAGGUGGAGGCUCCAGGGGGCUGGCCUCAACGACGAAACAUCUGGCUCAACAUCCAGCUAGGCCGCUACUCCCUCAGUAUUAAUGAGGAGAGUAGUCCAACAUCAGGAGAAAUACAGUGGAAUAAAGGAGAUGACUCCUCUCAGAAGAUGCAGACAUACAAUUGUAGACUGGACCUGACCCCACUGAGCACCUGUAAUGUGAACAUUCCACUAGUAAUAGGCUCUUCUGAACAACAAAUUAAACCUUGUGAUCCAAGCCAAGGAGGAAGCUCCCCAAGCAGCAAAAUCUCUGGAACAGGAUGUAGACUUGCAGCGCACACCGAUGAUCUGGACUCUGGAUCUCCCACCAGACCACCACAGUCCGUAAACACAAAACGAGCUCUGAAAUCCAAGCCCUCUGCAGAGCCCCGCAGAGAGAAGCCAGAGGCAGAGGAAACACAAAGUGCCAAAUGAGUCAGAAGGACAUGAGGAUACAGACACAAGCCUUGUGUGCAACACCAGCCUUCAGAGGGAACUGUUCAUACAGAUUAAGUGGAUGCUAUAUCCACCUAAACUUAGGUGACCUUUAUACUGUAUUUAUGGAAUGAAGUUUACAGACCUUUUUAGACUGAUAUAUGAAUAAAUUAAUUGUACAGUAUAAUAUAAGUACUAUCACAAAGCAUGCAAUAAACUGUUUUAGUAAGA